AAAGCCUACAACUGGACCUAAGCUAGCAAACUGGCUACGUCCCCUAUGCGGCUUUAGCCAUCAAUUCUAAGAAGUGUGGGGAGCAAAACUCACUGACAGCUAGUGAACUCGAACUCGGGCAAAACAAUGAGUAAAUAUGAGUUAAAAGUUUUCUUACAGCAUAUGUUUAUGUUGUGCUAACUUAUUUUGUACAUGACAAGUAAAAUUCGAAGCGGCGCUGGAAGAUGACGUAACUUUUCCGCUCAGCUGAACAGCUGCAUGAUCUUAGCGGAAAAACAAGGGACACCGCCGGUUGCAGUAGUUAUCUUCCCUGUGAAUUCUGUGGUAAUGAGAGAAGGCGAUUAUUGAACCAGGGCAGCGUAGUGCAGCUAGCAUGCACCCGCUGAUGGACGCACAAUUGGGAGCCUUCACCUUUUUCGCCUCGUCUCUUCCUCACGAUGUGUGCGGAAGCAAUGGGCUUCCGCUAACCCCAAACUCCAUCAAAAUCCUGGGACGCUUCCAGAUCCUGAAGACCAUCACACACCCCAGGCUCUGUCAGUACGUGGACAUCUCCAGAGGAAAGCAUGAGAGGCUUGUGGUUGUUGCUGAACACUAUGAAAGCAGCUUGAACGACUUUCACAAGCAAGGCAGUCCAGUGAGCCCAGAGAAGGUGCUGCAGAUUGCCUAUGAGGCACUGGAGGGACUGGAGUUCAUGAACAAGCAUGGGAUGGUGCACAGAGCCAUUGCCCCUCACAAUAUCCUCAUGGACUGCAAGGGCAAUGUCAAACUUGCAAAAUUUGGCCUUUAUCACAUGACUGACCAUGGAGCAGAUGUGGACUUCCCCAUUGGGUACCCAUCCUAUCUGGCCCCAGAGGUCAUUGCCCAGGGAUCCUUCCACCCCAGUGACCCCUCCCACAGGGAGGCCCCCCUGCCCUCAGGGCCCAAAACAGAUGUGUGGUCCCUGGGGCUUCUGCUGUUGGAGCUUUGUGUGGGGAGGCACCUACUUCAAAGCAUUGAUAUCAGUGAAAGACUGAAAUUUAUUCUGACUCUGGGGUGCAUGGAUGACAUCAUUACAGUUCUUGCGGAGGAACACGGAUGUUUAGAGAGGGUCAAGGAGCUGCCUGAAAACGUUUUGGCUUUAUUAAGGAAAUGUCUGACGUUUAGUCCAUCAAAAAGGCCCACCCCGGCGGAGCUGCUGAGGGACCCCGUGUUGGAGGGCGUGGCCCGCCUCUACACGCCCUUCGUCAAGCCCGUGGGGCUGUUCUCCUCCUCCCUGCGCUGCGCUCACCUGGAGCUGCCCGAUGACAUCAGCGAGCUCUGCAAAGACGAUGGUGACGACUACCUGGCCGAGAGGUCUAUUGAUGAGGUGUAUUACCUGUGGUGUCUGGCUGGGGGAGACCUGGAGAAAGAGCUUACGAAUAAGGGGAUCAUCCAGUCCAAGCCCCCUGUCUGCACUCUACCCAACUUUCUCCUGGAGGACGGGGAGUCGUUCGGGCAGGGCAGGGACAGGAGCUUCCUCCUGGACGACACCACCGUGACCCUGUCCCUGUGUCAGCUCAAAAACAGGCUGAAGGAUGUCGCCGGUGAAGUGUAUUUCCCACUGCUGGAGGACGAGCAAUCCAGCCUACCUCACUCCAUCAGCAGCAACGAGCUGUCUGCAGCCGUCACCCUACCCCUCAUCAUCAGAGAGAGGGACACGGAGUACCAGCUCCUCCGAAUCGUCCUUUUUGACCGGCUCCUGCAGGCGUACCCAUUCAAAAAGAACCAGGUUUGGAGGGAGGCCAGAGUGGAUAUCCCCCCGCUGCUCCGAGGCCUGGCCUGGGCAGCCUUGCUGGGAGUGGAGGGAGACAUUCAGGCUAAAUAUGAUGCCAUAGAUAAGGACACGCCGAUCCCUACUGACAGACAGAUUGAGGUGGACAUCCCCCGCUGUCACCAGUACGACGAGCUCCUGUCCUCCCCACAAGGUCACGUCAAAUUCAGGCGGGUGCUGAAGGCCUGGGUGGUGUCCCACCCCGACCUGGUCUACUGGCAGGGUCUCGACUCCCUUUGUGCACCGUUCCUGUAUUUGAAUUUCAACAAUGAAGCUUUGGCCUACGCCUGCAUGUCUGCCUUCAUUCCUAAAUACUUGUACAACUUCUUCCUGAAGGACAACUCUCACGUCAUUCAAGAGUACCUGACUGUGUUCUCUCAGAUGAUAGCCUUCCACGACCCCGAGCUCAGCAAUCACCUCAAUGAGAUUGGAUUCAUACCAGACCUAUACGCCAUUCCGUGGUUCCUCACCAUGUUUACACACGUGUUCCCUCUGCACAAGAUCUUCCACCUGUGGGACACGCUCGUGCUGGGGAACUCCUCCUUCCCCUUCUGCAUAGGCGUGGCCAUCCUGCAGCAGCUGAGGGACCGCCUUCUGGCCAACGGCUUCAACGAGUGCAUCCUGCUCUUCUCCGACCUGCCGGAGAUUGACAUCGAAGGCUGUGUUCAUGAAUCCAUCAACCUCUUCUGCUGGACUCCCAAGAGUGCCACCUACAGGCAGCACGCCCAGCCACCCAAGACUCCCUCUGACAACAACGGCUUCAGCAAGGCAUCCUCCUGCUUCUCCCCUGACUUCCAGGACCUGCCCAAAUCGGACUGGUCCCGGGAGCCCCUCAAGCUGAGCGAUCUGAAGGGCGAGGUUUCCCCCCGCAUCUCUGUCGAGGACUUCAUCGACCUGUGCGAGCUGUCUGGCCCCGCCCACUUCAAAACCCCCACCAAGAGGACCAAGUCCGGCAAGCCCAAGAUCCUGGCUCUGGACAUCCGCAGCAGCGAGGAUUUCAACCGCGGUCACGUUCCGGGGAGCAUCAACAUCCCCUGCAGCACGGCGUCCGGCCCGGACGGGGAGCUGGUCCAGACCGCUGUCACCAGCACCCUGCUGGGCUUCAGAGGGAGGGUCAUCGUGGUCAUCAGCCACGUGAUGAAGAAUGCCAGCAUGUUCACAGCCCACCUGGUGAAGGCCAACUACCCGCGGGUCUGCAUCCUGGAUGGCGGCAUCAACAAGAUGAAGCCCACGGGGCUGCUGACCGUCCCCUCCCCACAGAUCUGAGGUCAGCGCCUUGUGACAGAUCCCAAGGACCUGCAGAUUGCUCCCUCUUCACAGAACUUACCUGAGGUCUGAGCUAAGCCUAGCUCUGUGUCAUUUCUUUGUUUGCCUGAGUGGGAAAAACAGGCACUUACCUGGCUGGCCAUAAUUUUUUAUAAGGUGGACUGUAAAGAGAAUUGUACUGUAGUUAGAUGAGAAUUUUAUUGAAUUUUACUUUUUUCCAUGUAUUGAUGUAUUUUUUUUAAUUUUCUUAUUUUGAAACAUAUCAUCUGCAGUUGUCAAAAAGGGAUUUUACUUUCUAAUAUUUAACUAAUCAUAGUUCCAAUAUUUGUACAAUGUUCAACUACCUUUGCUCUCUUGGUGAUCUCUGCAAGUCUCUGACACCUGCCACCCCCCCCCCCCCCCCCCCGAAUCCCCCCCUUUUUUCUGUUAACUGGAAUGUUGAUUCCGUUUUUUCUUGUGUAAUGAUUAGGCCAUGGCCAAAGAUCAUGAUGUGAUAAAUGUGUGUGAUUUAAGGCACUGUAAUAAUCUCUUUAUGGUGAGUACCUGCUGUUCAGUUUGUGGCACUGUGGUCCAAAAGUAGAUAAGUUACACCUUUUAUCAGUGGAAUAAAGAAUUGUUCCUUAACUCAUAAAAAAAUGAAUUAUUUUUAUUAUGAUACAUUUUAAAAGCGAACAAAGAAAGAUAAAUAGCACUGACCUGGUGCAGAAAUCGGGGCGAAUGCGAUGCUGCUCAAUGUUUAAUGUGUGUGCUGUAUAAUCUGGCAUGGACUGUAAAUCACAGAUGGUAAAAGCAUACAGUACAGAUAAUUUUUACAUUGAAAAAUGAAAUGCAAAUAACUGCUACACUGAUUUCUGUUACUGUUCUUUAUGUUUAGUUUCUCCCCCUUUUUUUGGUUUUCUUUUUAGAUCCCAGAAAUAUUUACCUACAUACUCAACACCAAUGACAGCAAAUGACAAGCACAGCCAAGAUACCAAUUUAGCUCAAUAAAAAACAUUACUUGUCUUCA